AUGGUUAAAAUUCAGACCACACCCAACGAUCCCCGCGCGGUUGGAUACCCAGAGCAGAUAUAUGUGUUCCUCUCCAACACGUCGUUCCAGGGUUCUACGGGCGCGGUCCGUGUGGCACCUGCUCUCUCCCAGGUCCUCUCCUCCCAGCUGUACCACGUGUGGAGCRUGAAGAGAGGUCCUCUUGGCCAGCCGUCCUGGGUCACCGUGGCCCACUGGACCACCGGGCGCCUACAGCUGGACGAGGGGGUGUUGGGGCUGGGGGUCGGGGCUGGCCUGGGGCUAGGCCCGGGGAGGAGGACAGGGUCCGGGUCUGGGUUAGGGGUCCAGAGAGGGGAUAGGGACAAAGACAACAGACCUGGAGGGAGAUGGAGGCCGGGGCUACAGAUGGCGGGCCGGAGAUUAAGGUURGUGACCCUGGUGGAGCAUCCCUUCGUGUUCACUAGAGAGGUGGAUGAGGAUGGGCUGUGUCCCGCUGGUCAGCUGUGUCUGGACCCMAGYACUAACCGCUCAGAUCUACUGGACUCACUGUUCAGUCACCUGCACCAGACCAAUACAACUACUACCACMACUGACCACAACCCAACAGAGGACCUGCGGAAGUGUUGCUAUGGUUACGUUAUUGACCUGUUGGAGAAGCUGUCGGAGGACCUGAAGUUCACCUUUGACCUUUACAUCGUGGGAGACGGGAAGUACGGAGCGAUGAGCAGCACUGGGAGGUGGACCGGUCUGGUGCGUAGCAGGACCCAUCAGCCCCUAUUGGGGCCUUCAUGUGGCUCCUCUCCAUUGGGUCCAUUGUGGGUGGGCAUCUUCGUCCACUCUUCAUCUUACCGGCACUCUUUCCCUCCCGUCUAUGAGUUGGACACAGUCCUUUGCUAUUGCACCACCAUCUCCCGUGGGUUCAGGUUUGGGACAGUCAGGAGAGCUCUGCAGAGGACUAACAAUGAGGAGAGUUCUCUGCCAUGCAUGACUAGCAAGUGA